AUGACCUCUGCAACUUCUACUUCAGCCGCGGCGCCUCCCGCAUCGAAUUUGUGGAUUCAAAUACAAGGUACCCGUCAUGCUCUUUGCUUGCUGAUGACUAUUAUGAACGUGGUCCUUUCCGCUGUCACUCUUUUUCUUAUUUUUCGAUAUGCGCAGACUGUGAAUAUAGAAGGCAGUGGAGGAAAUGAUGAGCUUCUUGAGCAGAACGUGUGGAACGAUGUAGACGACAAGGUUGUAGAAGCACUUGGUGGUCUUGAUGAUGAACUGCUAACCGAACAUGUGUGUAACAAAUCAACGAUCACUCAGCUACAGCAGGAGAUCAUCUUGACAACCCACAAUGAAUUACGAAGAUCAUUGGCUUUCGGAAAGCAAAGAAACAAGAGAGGUCUCAUGAACGGUGCGAGAAAUAUGUAUAAACUGGAUUGGGAUUGUGAACUGGCAUCACUUGCAGCCAAUUGGUCAACCUCCUGCCCUCAGCACUUUAUGCCGCAAUCGGUACUUGGCUCCAACGCUCAGCUUUUUAAGCGUUUCUAUUUUUAUUUUGAUGGGCACGACUCUACUGUACAUAUGCGAAACGCGAUGAAGUAUUGGUGGCAGCAAGGUGAAGAAAAAGGCAAUGAGGAUCAGAAAAAUAGAUUCUAUGCCAGACGAAAUUAUUUUGGAUGGGCAAACAUGGCAAAAGGAAAAACAUAUCGAGUUGGAUGCUCGUAUAUUAUGUGCGGCGACGGUGAAUCUGCACUUUUCACUUGUCUUUAUAACGAAAAAGCCCAAUGCGAAAAAGAAAUGAUUUACGAAAAUGGAAAACCCUGCUGUGAGGAUAAAGACUGUUUCACAUAUCCAGGAUCAAAAUGUUUAGUACCUGAAGGAUUAUGUCAAGCACCUUCUAUGGUAAAGGAUGAUGGAGGAAGUUUCCAAUGUGAUAACUCCCUUGUGUCAGAUGUCACCCGCAAUUUCACUUUGGAGCAACACAAUUUUUAUAGAUCUCGUCUUGCAAAAGGUUUUGAAUGGAAUGGAGAAACAAACACUUCCCAGCCAAAGGCUAGUCAAAUGAUCAAAAUGGAGUAUGACUGCAUGUUGGAACGGUUUGCACAAAACUGGGCAAAUAAUUGCGUUUUUGCACACUCGGCACAUUACGAAAGACCGAAUCAGGGUCAGAAUCUCUACAUGAGUUCUUUCUCAAACCCUGAUCCUAGAAGCCUUAUACAUACGGCCGUCGAGAAGUGGUGGCAGGAAUUGGAGGAGUUCGGUACUCCAAUUGAUAACGUUCUGACACCCGAAUUGUGGGAUUUGAAAGGGAAAGCGAUAGGACAUUACACUCAGAUGGCCUGGGAUCGUACUUACCGUCUUGGUUGUGGAAUCGCAAACUGUCCGAAGAUGUCGUACGUGGUUUGUCACUAUGGGCCAGCAGGCAACAGAAAGAACAAUAAAAUCUAUGAAAUCGGGGAUCCUUGCGAAGUCGAUGAUGAUUGCCCGAUUGGAACAGAUUGUGAAAAGACAACUUCUUUAUGUGUGAUCUCAAAAUAA